AUGGCCUCUGCUGAAUCUCCAGUAGCAGUAGCCGUUAUUCCCGGAGUCAAUCGACCCAAGACUCAAUCCGUAAGCCGUAGGAUGACCAGAUCAACUACCGCUGUUACUGCUGCUUCGCUUGAGGUAGCUCGCAACGGGAUAAAAGUCGGUGGCGGUGUAUUUCUAUCUACAUCACAAUCUCGCUCUGUUGAUGGCUCUUUAAUUUCUUCGGAUAUGAAGUCAUACAAGGAAACGGAACCAUCAACGUUCGAUGAUGGUUUCAUGGAUAGUCCAAAUUUGGGAAGCGGCGUUCCUAGUCCUGGGUGUGGCGAACUGAGGAAUGGGAAACGACGGGUGCAAAUUAGCAGACUCGAUGAAGAUAGGGAAAAUGGGUGUGAAGAAUAUACCAUUAGAGCAAUGCCUUUUGGUGAUGAGACAGAAAAUAAAUUCAGCCAUGAAGCUGGCGAAAAUGAAUUUGACGACGAUGAGGAGGAUGAAGAAGACGAAGAAGAAGAUGAGGAUUUCGAUGAUAUUUUUGGCGAGAGUUAUGAUGACUUGAGCAUAGAUGACGGAGCCGUCUAG